AUGACACCUCGACACCGUUCAACGUCAAAUGCUUCCUCAAAUAUCUCUCACAGUCCCUAUGCGCAAAGAACACAAUCACCUGCCCAGUCAAAACGACAAAUGGGCCUCACACCCGCUGUUUAUGAGAAUAACAUGAAAGUGCUCUUGCGAAGAGAGCCGUCCAUUCGAUCUAUACUCGACCAAUUCAGCCACGUAUGUGUGUAUCAUCACAACGGAAGCAAAUGGGAAAAGCAGGGUUACGAGGGCAGCAUGUUUCUAUUUGAAAAGCAGACAUACCCCCCAUAUGGCUUCUUCAUCCUAAACCGCAUGGGAACAGAUGAUUAUAUCCGCCCCAUUCAUCCAGAAGACGACAUGGAUGUGUUGGGCGACUACUUGAUGUAUCGAUAUUAUCCAAAAUUCACGCAAACACGCAUUGCUAUGGGUAUUCCGUAUCCUAUACCAGCAGAGCAACGCUCUGCUCUUAAUGCCGAGCUACUUAGACAGAUGACCCCAGAGGAGGUCGCUGCAUCACGUACAUCGUCGACAAAGGAGUGGAGGGGCACAUCAAUCACUAUUGGCCUUUGGAUGUUUGCGACCGAUUCGCGCGAACCAUUAAAGGAUCCCAGAUUGCACUCGUAUAUCAAGCAAGGCAAAUCAUAUCCAGAAGAAUUUAGAUAUGGCCCCGGUAAGCCGCCACCUUCGAAUUCACAUCUUCGAACGGCCAGCCGGGCAUCAGUUUCACGCCAGCUCGACGAAUCUGAUAUCAUGCAGACAUCGCAAGCAACGUCGUACAGUCCUACCCUGCGCGGUGUCAGUGGAGUACAGACUCAUGCUCCUCCGGCCCCGAGCUCUGCGUCUGGAUCCGAGUUAGACAAGUUAUUCGCGAAGCUGCUGCCUUCGUCGCCCACUCCUGCACCUGCCGAGAUGCAGCCCGCUGUAUCCAAAACCGUAGACGGUCUCUUCGCUUCUGUAGGAGUCGCUCAGCCUCAACCUGCACCUCGUGGGCUCGCUCUCCUUGACACCAUAUUCGCCUCGGCAUCCACAUCGUCCGUGUCUAGCUCCUAUGCACUCCCAGCAGUGCAAUCAUCUUCGCUCUCAAAUCGUCUUGAAGAGAUCGAGAUCGUAUCACCAAAGCCUACAUCAAGCGCGCUGCCACAAAUCCUAAACCAAGACGUUAUCUCAUCUCUCCUAGGGUUUGGAUCAAGCUCGCGUGCCUCUUCAGCUGCACCGAGCUCGUCAGGCUCACGACGCUCAGGGCUGAAUCGCUACGAAGGCGAUAACGAGUAUAGUGAGGGUGAGGUGGCCAGUGGGUCAGACUACUCCGCUUCAAGCACGGUGCUCGAUACAGAUGCGGAUCCCGCUGUUCUUGCGGCGGGGUCUUCUUCCGGCCUUCCCCUAUUCGCUGUGCAACCUGCGGCUCCCAACGGCAGCACGAUCCGGUCCGGAAAGGAUGUACGGAGAGUGGAGGGGGACGUCACUCCCCGUGCGACGAUGCGUGGGAUUGAUCCUUUCUCUCCUAACCUGCAGCCACAGAGAAGCCACCACCUUGCUCCGGUGCCCUCCUUGCGGUCUGCAAACGGAAUAGCUCAUACUGCUCUGGUUGGACAGAUAUCAACCACUCCCCUUGCGGAGCCUGUAGGUCGCCCGCGUGUCCUGGUGCCAUUCGAGACGGAUUCAGACUUGUGGCCGUAUCCACGGGCGCCGCUGGACGAUCGGACGUCGGAUCAUAACGACGGCGAUGUAGUUGAGCUUGAUUUUGCGGACACGCGCGCUCUGAGCGACCCGACGAUCUUUUCUCACAGGUUGAAGGAGAAACAGAACAAGGCGAAUGGAAAGAAAAAGACACGGCGUGAGCGAGCUGCAGACCGUGAGAAUGAGAAAGAAGAAAUAGAGCGAGGGUGGGACGACCCCGUUCGCGGCCAGGAAUUAAGUGCGGGACCAACAUCAAGUGCUGUUCCGCCAGCGGUCAUGAUGAAUGGCAAGGGAAAACAGCCCAUGCGCCACGCAUCUCCCAUGAAUGGUCACGCUGUGAACGGUUCGAACGUCCAGCCGGCUGUCGUAAAAGACGCGACCAUCUCUGCAAUGAUCUCACAGCCGGAACGACUUGCUAAGGACAUUCCUCGAAACGAUUUCGUUCGGGAGUUGUUGACUCUCAUACAUACAAACAAAGAUUUUGUGGACACACUAUGGCACGAAUACACGGAGCGCAUCAACUAA